AUGAACAAUUCACUUGUCCCAGCUGGGGCCAAAAAGAAUGAGCUGCGCAGAAGGGAAAUCAAGGGCAUGAUUGCUGAUGGUCAGUCCACCAUCAUCCUUGACACCAAGGUGCUGAAACUUGAUGCCUGGAUCAAAUUCCACCUGGAAGGAGAAUUAGCAAUCAAAUACAUGAUCAGUUCCAUCACUGGAAGAUGGACUAACUUCGUCCCGCCCACCCAAGGAGGUCGCUUCAGACGUUACAAUUGCGAGGAGGAUGGCGAAGAGGCAGGUGGCUUGGAAUCAGAGAUCUCCAGCGGGUUGAGACGUCGAAAGUCGACGUCUACAAUAUCCUCGGCCCUCAGAUCAACUUCUCUACCGAGCUCAAGCUCUGAGCUGCUGCACUCGUGUGUUCUGGAUGCUCGUACGCAAAAGGAAAUCAUGCUUGACCAGGUCAAUUAUCCUCCUGUGGACGCAAAACACCAAGGUAACAUCACACAAAAAUACCGUGCGCUUAACAAGCGUAUCCAAAAAGAGGGACUGUACAACUGCAACUACUUUUCUUAUGCAGUUGAAACAUUCUGGUAUUCCAUACUAUUUGCACUCUUCAUCUUCUGUCUACGCCACUCAUGCUUUGGAUUCGCUGGCCUGUUCCUCGGCUGUUUCUGGCACCAGCUUGUAUUCACGGCCCAUGAUGCCGGUCACAUGGGUAUCAUGCAUGACUUCCAGACUGUAUCGGUAUUGUCAUCGCAGACUUCAUUGGAGGGCUGAGUUUGGGCUGGUGGAAACGCAGCCACAAUGUCCACCAUAUCAUGACCAACUCACCCGAACACGAACAUUAGUUGACUGGGGGAUAUUGCUAAGCAAGCGAAGAUCCUUGAGGAGUGCCAAAAGGCGUGCGCUUCGCAUGGGGUCUUUUCUGACCACCACACACACUAAAGAGGAGCUACAGAAUGCUCUAAUGUUGCACAUCCCUCUACAUAGAUUUAGAUUUCUACCAAACCGCCUUAUACAAUUAGAUUAGAACUAUCAAUCACUUAUUUCACAAUAAAUUCUCGUAAUAUAGCAUUAACCAUGAGACCACUGUGUAUGCCAGCCAUUAAAUCCCAA